UAACGUGUUAUACCGCGAACGACGUAGCCAUUCAUUCUCGGACGCGUUCUCUGAUCACGAUGGAGUCGUCGUUGUCUUCGUCGUCGUUAUUUUCGUCGCCCUUCGCGAUUUUGUUGACCACUUUGAUCAUUAUCGGUGUGCUAAAGAUUAUCGCCUAUCUGUAUCAUCAGCAUAUAUACUGGAAGAAACGAGGUGUUCCUCAAAUACGCGGGAUUCCGGGAAUGAAAGUAGGCUGGAAAUUGUUACUGCAACGUAUAAACUUCACGGAAUACAGUCAAUUUAUCUACAACGAUGUGCCGGACGCCAAGUACAUCGGUCAUAUGGACAUGGCCACACCUGUUGUCUUCCUACGUGACCCUGAGCUGAUUAAGGACGUGAUGGUGAAAGAUUUCGAACAUUUCCCGGACCACAGGAGUUUCGCGAGCGAAGAAGUAGACCCAUUAUUUGAUAAAAACGUUUUCGCUUUGCGCGGCAAUCGCUGGAAAGAGAUGAGAAACACGCUGAGCCCUUCUUUUACCGCUAGCAAGAUGAAGAUCAUGUUCGAGUUAGUGUCCAAGUGUUCCUGCGAAUUCGCCGAAUAUUUGGCCGAUCAUCCAGAGCAGUGCGCCUCUAUCGACACAAAAGAGGCUUUCAGACGAUACACUACCGAUGUGAUUGCGACAUCGGCCUUCGGCAUCAACGUUAACUCCAUGAAAGAUAGGGACAACGAAUUUUUCAUCAGAGGACUUGAGACUUCCAACUUGAGUGGUUUCAAGGCCAUGAUAAAGUUCAUAUUUUUCCGCGUGUGUCCGCGAUUAACGAAGAUGUUAGGUCUGAGCUUCUUCUCGCCGGCCACUUCGCAGUUCUUCAGAAAAAUCGUGGCAGAGACAAUCAAAGUCCGGGAAGAACAAGGUAUCGUCCGGCCAGACAUGAUUCACUUGCUGAUGCGAGCUCGGGACAAGGAAGGCCCCAGUGUGCAUGAGAUGACGUUGGACGAUAUUGUCGCGCAGGCCCUAAUUUUUUUCCUCGCCGGUUUCGACACGUCGGCGACGCUCAUGUGUUUCGUCGCCCAUGAACUCGCGGUGCAUCGAGAUAUCCAAGAUCGUCUGUGGGAGGAGGUGGAGAAGCACUUUGUCGAGGGAGAGGGCAAAAUCACGUAUGAGGCGAUGUCGAAGAUGGUUUACAUGGACAUGGUAGUGUCGGAGGCUCUGCGGAAGUAUCCGCCAGUGGUGUUCCUUGACAGGCUUUGCGCCAAGAAGUAUGAGCUUCCUCCGGCAAAGCCUGGCUAUAAGAACGUCAUCGUGGAGCCUGACUCUAUGACGUGGACGCCUGUUUAUGCGCUGCAUCAUGACCCCAAGUACUUCUCGAACCCCUCCAAGUUCGACCCCGAGAGGUUCAGCGACGAGAAUAAGGACAACAUCAUACCGUAUACUUACUUGCCCUUCGGUUUAGGGCCCAGGAAGUGUAUUGGUAAUCGCUUUGCUCUCAUGGAGACGAAGUUGUUGGUGGCUCACCUUCUUCACAGAUUUAUUUUCAAGACUACGGAAAAGACUGUCGAGCCCAUCGUAUUCGACAAGAAGCAGUUCAAUCUGCAACCUGAUGGCGGAUUCUGGAUCGCUUUGGAAAAGAGGCAGAAGUGAAACGAGAUAGCGUAGAAAAGAAUAGUUUAUUUGACAUCUUCUACAAAUGUUUUAUUGUUUUAUAAUUAAGAUAUUUAACACGUGUAUGGAUAAGAUCGUUCUCGAGAGUUAACUCUCGCUAGCAAUUAAAACGUAUUAGGCAUGUUUUAUUGCCGGCCGAAGAUCAAGCGUUUCUUUAUCUGUGAUAGCGGAUAAACACUUUUCAUAUUUUCUUGUUGCCGGUUUGCACCAUACAUAUUUGAUAGCGGUCGAGUGUCCUGGUUGUUGUUUUACAUUUUUAUUUCGUUGAACUUUUGUGAUAUAUAUGUGUAU